GAGGAGGUAUUUAUAGCUUCGGCCUCAGCUUGCCCUGCGGCUUGUAAUCCAAACCCGGAGCCCUGGGGCCUCCCACGCAUUUCAGGACAGAGCUCUAAGCUCGCUCUGCCAAAUAUCAGGCCCUCAGUCCUGCCAGUGGGGACCAGACUUCUCUCCCUCAGACCCAGGAGUCUGGGUUCCCAGAACCCAUCUGCACAUUUCUGCCUGUCGGGCACCCUGCGGAAUCCCAACACCUCUUGUCCUUGUUCUGGCAACCCUCGUUUUCCACAUCAGGAAGUCCGGGCCCCCAACCCACUCCUCCCUCAGACCCGGGAGUCCGGGUCCCCAAGUCCCCGCCUCCCUCAGACUCAGGAGUCCGGGGCUCCAGUUUGAACUUUCCACUCCCCUAAAUCUGACUCCUGCUGCUGCGUCAGGGAAAAAAUAAGCGACAGGUGGCACCUGCCCGCAGGGCCGGGUCGCGACCACCUGCUCCCGCUGCUCACUCGGAGCCCCUCUCCAGGCACCUGCUUCUGUCAGUCCGCGGGUGGCUGCCCCGCCCGACCCCGAGGCCCCAGGACGCGGAGGCGGAGCGACCUAGGGAACCCCGACGUUCGCCCCGCCCCAGUCCCUCCCAGCUUGUGCUCCUGCCCCUUCUCAGGGUCCCAGGCGGGGCUCCUGUCCGCCCCCCAACCCCGCGCCUCGUCCUCAGGCCCCAGGCACGCCCUCGAAAGGGGCGUCCUAGGCGCUCCCAGCUGGUGGGGCGGAGCCUGAGGCCUCCAGCCCAGACCAGGGACUCAACCCGCUCCGGAGCACCGCUGCGCUGAGCCCACCUGGUGGCAGAGACCCUUCCAUUCCCCCAGGAACCUACCAGUCCAGGUCUCCAUCCCAGCCUUGGCAAUGACUCUCGCAACUUCCUCUCAGCGCUCCCAAAUCAUUCGCUCCAAGUUCAGAUCUGUGCUCCAGCUUCGGAUCCACAGGCGGUAUCAGGACCCAAGCCUCUCAGGGUCCUUCACCACCUCUCCAGUCUUGGAUCCAGACCCGUGGGUCUCAACCACAGGCCCCGCUCUGGCCCCCAGAGCCCCGGCCCCAGUCUCGCCCUCGGGCCUCACCCCUUUCCUCCUCAGCCCUGGGGACCUGCUCCCUGAAUCAGAAUACGGCACUUGGAGGUCCCUGAAGGAGUCUCCCAAGAUCUCCCAACACUGGAGAAAGCCCAAGCCAAAGGGGAACUUGACAUAUCACCAGUACAUACCCCCAGGGCGGAGACAAGGGUCCAGGGUAGACCCCCCGGCCAAAGAGUUGGCCCUGGGUCCCCCUGGACCACCUCUGUGGGAAGGGACAAACUCACAGCAGCCACCUCCCAGGAUGAAGCCCACUGCCCUCACUCCCUCCCCACCUGGAGUCCCCCGCCCCUCACCCCCUCCACACAAGCUGGAACUUCAGACCCUUAAACUGGAGGAGCUGACGGUCUCAGAGCUCCGGCAGCAGCUGCGCCUGCAGGGCCUCCCGGUGUCUGGGACUAAGUCGAUGCUCCUGGAGCGCAUGCGCGGCGGCGCCCUGCCCCGCGAGCGGCCGAAGCCGCGGCGCGAGGACGGUCCCGCGGGUGCUCCCUGGCCGCGCCUCAGGCCCAAGGCUCUGGGAGCCGUCCGGCGGCAGGGCUCGCUCAAGCGGAGCCCAAAUUCUUGCGCUCCGCCUCCUGCACGUGCCGCGGAAACCCCUGCGACUUCUCCGGCUCCCGCUCCGGCUCCUGCUCCCGCUGCGGCUGCGGCUCCCGCACCGACCCCUUCCUCAGCACCGGCCGCAGCGGCCCUGACACUGGAGGAGGAGCUGCAGGAAGCCAUCCGCCGGGCGCAGUUGCUUCCGAACCGCGGCAUUGAUGACAUCCUGGAGGAUCAAGUGGAGCCUGAGGACCCGCUGCCCCCCAUUCCCUUGGACUUCCCCGGCUCCUUCGACGUGCUGUCCCCCUCCCCGGACUCUGAAGGCCUCUCAUCUGUCUUCUCUUCCUCACUCCCAUCCCCCACAAACUCCCCGUCCCUCUCUCCCAGGGGCCCCACAGACUCCUUGGACUGGCUGGAGGCUCUGAGUGGGGGUCCCCUGCUAGGCUGUGGCCCCCCAGCCCCCAGCAUCUUCUCUGCUGACUUAUCGGACUCCAGUGGCAAGCGGCUGUGGGACCUGCUGGAGGAUCCAUGGUGAUGGAUUCUGGGGUUUCCAGGGACGGACAGCUGGUGGGGGUAGGAAGGUCACAGAGACAGACUUCCCAGGGAGAGGUUGGGACAACCGGCAGAGCCCCUCCCACCACCGACACAGAAUCAGAGAUGACUCUCCUCCCCACCUGGCCCCUGAACUGCUGCUGACAUGCCAACCGCCUGACUCUUGCCUGCCUGACCUCCAUAUGAUCCCCUCGGUAGCUGUGUGGUUGGGGGCAGGGAGGUGUCACUUGCUGCUGGCCAGGGCAAACAAGCUGCUUACUGCUUC